AUGUCGUCGGAAUUUCUCGUGAGCUUGGUAAUCCUCGAUGAUAUUAUGGGAAUCACACUCCAUUUAUCUCGAUCCUUGCAUGCCAUUGAAGUUGAUGUACUUUCUGCAACUCAGCUUGUCAAUAUGACCAAAACCUGCUUGCAGAGGCAACGUGAUACUAGCACGGGCACAUUUAAACGAAAUUGGAACCGAAAUCACGGUUUCGCAGAGCUAAGCUGCAAAGAAUAG